AUGCCUGCCAACAACUCUUCUAAGAAACUUGUCGGCCACACUAAAACCAAACGGGUCGAAACUCGGCCCAGCGGCAAAAAAGACUAUGAAGAUGACGGCAAUAGGUCACUGAGCGACUGUUCCUCCAUGGUCUCGGCUUAUCGCUAUGAGACACGCAAGGCGCCCAAGGAGCCGCAGCGAUACGAGGACGAGGGUAGACCGCCCUCGUUUCCACCCGACUCUAGAUCCCCGCGACAUAUUCUGGAUUCAUCUCGAGCAGCAGAACGUCAAGCACCGGCUCAGAAUCCCUCGACUGGCACUUAUCUGCCCAUAUACGAGGCUAUUAUCGUGCUUCGCAGGCACGGUAUAUCGGUAAAUCUUGGGCCGGAUGGACUCAGAGCCAUCGCUCAGCAAGGUCCCCUUGAACCACGGCCAGUGAGCCACAAUCACAAGUACAGCCCUCAAAAUGUCUCCACUGAUGUGCAUCACCCAUCUGCGCAAGAGCAGCAAGCCAUCACUGAGGCUAUUGUUUUUAUUGUCUGGGAAUGUGGGGGACAAGUUGACAUACCCGGUUUCGAUCCUCAGCCAGCCAUGCAGUGCAGUACUUGCUCCAAUCCAAUCCCUAACUCGAUGCCCAGCCCUGUCUCUCCGCGAAGGGAUGUUGAUGAGCACAGCAACGGGAACCGCAACUCAUACCAAAAUAUUCACAGAUCCCAUGCAGAGACAUUCGAGCCAAACAAUCAAGGAGGCCACAUCACCAUCGGCCUCGAGAGUGCCUAUGACACCCGGCGAAAUGAAAGCAAUUGGGGGGGCCACGGUCGGUGAAGCUGAGCCAUAUAUCGCCCUGGACUUCUUGAUACUUACUUCUCCGGGCUCACGGGCUGCUGAUGUCUCGUUACAUUCUUUUCUUCGUGCGGGUAUUUGACGCAGGCCUUAGGCCUCUGGUAGAGGGUUUUGAUCCCUCUGUUGUAUAUUACCAUUGGGCUUGUCGACUGGCAUUUACGGACGUUGAUGGGCCAGUCAUCGUGAGUGUCUUUGUACCACACUUUAUUGGGGCCAUUUGGCCGUG